AUCCAACUCGCCCAUUCGGCUACAGCGAUGUACAUAAACGCCAUUGGAGAAGCUUAAUCGCACCACGCCUCCCGCUAAUGCCCCACCGUUGAGCGCCAGCCAUGGACGCGCCGCAGCUCCUCCUCGGAGCCCUCCUCUUCCUCCUCCCCGCCGCGCUCCUCGUCCGCACGCGGGGCAAGCAGCGCCCGCGCCUCCCGCCAGGCCCGCCGUCGCUGCCGCUGCUCGGCAGCGUGGUGUGGCUCACCAACACCCCCUCCGAGAUCGAGCCCCUGCUGCGGCGCCUCUUCCAGCGGCACGGCCCCGUCGUGGCGCUCCGCAUGGGGGUGCGCCUCAACGUCUUCGUCGCCGACCGCCGCCUCGCGCACGCGGCGCUCGUCGAGGCCGGCGCGGCGCUCGCGGACCGCCCGGCGCUCGCGUCGGCCGGGUUCCUCGGCGAGGGCGACGCCACCAUCUCCCGCGCCGGCUACGGGCCCGUGUGGCGACUCCUGCGGCGCAACCUCGUCGCCGAGACGCUGCACCCGUCGCGGGUGAGGCAGUUCGCGCCGGCCCGCGCCUGGGUGCGCCGCGUGCUUGCCGAGAAGCUUGGGGAGCACUCCGGGGGCCCCGACGCGCCACCGCCCCGCGUCGUGGAGACGUUCCAGUACGCCAUGUUCUGCCUCCUCGUGCUCAUGUGCUUCGGCGAGCGCCUCGACGAGCCCGCCGUGCGCGACAUCGCCGCCGCGCAGCGGGAGGCGCUCAUCUACCGCUCUAGGAACAUGCCCGUCUUCGCCUUCCUCCCGGCGGUCACCAAGCACCUCUUCCGCGCGCGGCUCGACAAGGCCCGCGCGCUGCGGCGGCGUGUCGACGAGCUCUUCCUGCCGCUCAUCGACGCGCGGCGCGAGUACAAGAACAUGAAGCCGGGCGGCCAGCCAAGGAAGGAGACCACAUUCGAGCAUUCGUACGUGGAUACCCUGCUCGACAUCAAGCUCCACGAAGACGAUGGCGACCGCCCGCUCACUGACAACGAGAUCAUCCUCCUCUGCUCCGAGUUCCUCGACGCCGGGACGGACACCACAUCCACCGGGCUGCAGUGGAUCAUGGCAGAGCUCGUCAAGAACCCAGCCAUCCAGGAGAGGCUCUACAACGAGAUCAAGGCUGCCGCCGACGACGACGACAAGGAAGAGGUCUCCGAGGAGGACGUCCACAAGAUGCCGUACCUGAAGGCGGUGGUCCUCGAGGGCCUCCGGAAGCACCCACCGGCUCACUUCGUGCUGCCGCACAAGGCCGCGGAGGACAUGGAGAUCGGUGGGUACCUGAUCCCCAAGGGCGCCUCGGUGAACUUCAUGGUGGCCGAGAUGAGCAGGGACGAACGGGAGUGGAGGAACCCGACGGAGUUCUCGCCGGAGCGGUUCCUCCCGGGUGGCGACGGCGAGGGCGUGGACGUGACGGGCACCAAGGGGAUCAGGAUGAUGCCGUUCGGCGUGGGGCGCAGGAUCUGCGCGGGGAUCGGCGUCGCCAUGCUGCACCUCGAGUACUUCGUCGCCAAUAUGGUGCGGGAGUUCGAGUGGCAGGAGGUGCCCGGCCACGAGGUGGACUUCGCCGAGAAGAACGAGUUCACCGUCGUCAUGAAGAAGCCGCUGCGCCCGCGUCUCGUGCCCAGGAGGGCUCACAGCACGAGGACGAGUACUCACUAGCUAUCUAGAAUUAUACUACGGCUCAAUGUCAGAGUGAUUCUAUGGUUCUUGUUUUGUGAUGUAAAUAUCGAUUCAGAGCAUUACUCAGUCGUCAGUACUCGCUAGCUCCCAAAAAUGUCGAAGUAUCUUCUUCGAUGGGCAGGUUUCCCUUCAAGAAGAAAAUUUACCAGUGUUUCAGAUGCAUCUGACACCGGGUGUUUGAAGCAGACAAAAUACAGGGAAAAGACAGGUCAUAGAA